GCGAUGGCGGCGGCCGGGCCGUGGCCGGAGCUGGAGGCGGCGUUGCGGGAGCGGCGGCGGGAGCUGUCGCUGGCGGGCGCGGCCGUGGCCGAGCGGGUGGCGGCGGGCGGAGGGCGGCUGCCGGAGGCGCUGCUGGCGCUGCCGCUGCUGCAGUCGCUGGAGCUGAGCGGCUGCGCGGCGCUCCGGGAGCUCGGCCCGGGCGUGGCGGCCGCGCUGCCCGCGCUCCACACGCUGGUGCUGAGCCGCAACGCGCUGGGCCCGGCCGGGCUGGGCGCGGGGCUGGGCGGGCCCCUGCCCGCGCUCCGCUUGCUCGACCUGUCCGGGAACGGGCUGGAAGCGCUGCCCGCAGCGCUCGGCGGCGCGGGGGACGACGCGGAGGACGCGGCCCCGGCCUUCCCGCAGCUGCGCGGCCUCAACCUGAGCGCGAACCGGCUGCGGGAGCUGGGCCCGGGGCUCGCCCGCGCCGCUCCGCAGCUGCAGGAGCUGCUGCUGUCCGGGAACCGGCUGCGGGCGCUGCCCGGCGGGCUCCUGCCCCCGGCCGGGCUCCCCGCGCCCUUCCCGCUGCUCAGCCGGCUGGACGCGGCCGACAACGAGGUGGCCGAGCUGGGCGCGGACAUCGCGGCGCUGCCGGCGCUCAAGAGCCUGGACGUGGCCAACAACCAGCUGCGGGAGCUGCCCGCCGCGCUGGCCGACUGCCCCCGCCUGAAGGAGGCCAACUUCAGGGGCAACCAGCUGAGGGACAAGCGGCUGGAGAAGAUGGUCAAUGGGUGCCAGACGAAGGCUAUUCUGGAAUACCUACGGGCCGGGGGCCGUGGGAAGGGCAAGGCCGAGAGUGCCAGAGAGGAGGUCAGGAAGAAGAAGAGGGAGAAGCAGCAGAAGAAGGACAGCGGGGAUGGGGAGCCGGAUGAUGUGGAAGAGGUGAGCAAGCUGCUGGUGAAGGUUCUGCACGUCUCUGAGAAUCCAACGCCUUUGGUGGUCAAAGUGAGCCCCGGUGUCAAGGAUGUUCGAGCCUUCAUCGUGUGCUGUGUGCUGAAAGGAGUGAACUUAAAGCCGGGAAAUGCUCUCAAGAGGUUCCUGACCAUGCAGACCAAGCUGCACGAGGACAUCUGUGAGAAGCGCACAGUGGCCACCAUUGCCACCCACGACUUUCAGCUGGUCAAAGCUCCUCUGAAAUACGAUGUUCAGCCUCCUGAUGAGCUCAAGAUCAUGCCCCUGGGUCGGAAGGAGAUCAAGGCAAAGGAUCUUCUCCGCCAGCUGCAGCUGGAGGCUGAGGAGCAGCGGAAGCAGAAGAAGCGUCAGAACGUCUCUGGGCUGCACAAGUACCUGCAGCUGCUGGAUGGCAAAGACAACUACCCGUGCCUGGUGGAUGCUGAAGGUGCUGUGAUUUCCUUCCCACCAAUAACCAAUAGUGAGAAAACAAAGAUUAGAAAAGAGACACGGGACCUGUUUCUGGAAGUGACGAGUGAUACCAGUUUACAGAUCUGCAAAGAUGUGAUGGACACCCUUAUCCUGAAAAUUGCAGAGCUGAACAGAUCUACCUUGGAGAACAAGGAAGGCUCUGGUUCAGAUAUGGAAUUGGAUGCUCACUGUGGACCAGGGAAUUUGAACCUGCCCUUGGUGGUGGAGCAGGUGCGCGUGGUGGACACAGAUGGGAACUUGAAAGUACUUUACCCUUCAAAAACUGACCUGGCCACAGUUUCCUCUCUGCUGACUGUGAUCCGUUAG